UGUUGGGGGCAUGUGCAUGUUCAAAGCGUAGUGGCGAAAGAUAGUUGUUUUGUGGAAAAUGUAGAACAUUUUUCUCAGGAACUACAUAAUUACCAAGAACAUGAAAUGCCUCGCUAAUAGAAAAUUUUAACACUUUAACGCUGUGGAGACAGCCUUUGAAACUGUGUUAUCAGUCUGUUAACUGUCUUAGUUGGAUAAUUCACUUACACGUCAUACUUUUAGCCUCAGAAAAUGGGUCGUAGGUAUAUUUGUGAGUAUUGCGAUCGUUCUUUUGUGGAUGAGUUAUCAGCCAGGCAAAAACAUCUGAGAAGCAUUCAACAUAUUCGGAAAAAACAAGCGUACUACAGCUCAAUCAGAGACCUGAAAACGUUGGUUGAAGAGGAGUCCAAGAAGGAGACUUGCGGCCGGUUUCAGAGAACCGGAGAAUGUACUUUUGGAGAAAUAUGCGUCCAUUCUCACUACUCACCGUUUGAAUUGGAAACUUUUCGGCGGCAACUUGCGGAGAAGGAAAAGUCAACCUGCGAUGUUAAGACAAUAGCAAAUAAUUUGCCAUCUGUUGAAGAUUGGCUUGCUAAGGUGAAAAAACAGACGGGAACAGACCCAAAAACGACAGAUGGUCUUGACUCUUUCUACUCGCCUGAAGCUUCAAACCCGUUUCUGCCUGUCUCUCUACAAAAGCCACCUUUGGAAAUAUUUUCAUCUGUGAGCCUGACAGACUGGGGAUAGCACAAAUUAGUAACAUUUUUCCCUUCCAUUCCGAUUCUCUUGUCAGGUUUUGAAGUAACUACGCCUAGAGAGAAUUGCCAUCUCUCAAUCCUUAUCAUGUCGAAAAACUACUUCCUGUUGAUAGGCUAUCCCAUCUUCUCAAUUCACAGAGCCUUCCUCUGGGACCAGUGUAAACAAAUAAGAUGAUGUCUGAGUUCUUGAAGUGUUCAAGGCAUCUAAUUCACAAAUGUUUGUAAUGUCAGAAACAAGAUCUGAUUAAGGA